ACCAUGCCAAGGUAGCGGUGCUGGGGGCCUCGGGAGGCAUCGGCCAGCCUCUCUCCCUUCUCUUGAAGAACAGCCCGCUGGUGAGCAGGCUCAGCCUUUACGAUAUCGCUCACACGCCCGGCGUUGCCGCUGACCUCAGCCACAUCGAGACGAGGGCGAAUGUUAAAGGCUUCCUGGGACCUGAGCAGCUGCCAGAUUGUCUGAAGGGCUGUGAUGUUGUUGUUAUUCCUGCGGGAGUCCCUAGAAAACCGGGUAUGACCCGUGAUGACCUCUUCAACACCAACGCUAGCAUUGUGGCAACUUUGACAUCUGCCUGUGCAAAGCACUGUCCAGAAGCCAUGAUCUGUAUUAUUUCUAACCCGGUGAAUUCAACCAUCCCAAUAACUUCAGAAGUCUUCAAGAAGCAUGGUGUGUAUAAUCCCAACAGAAUCUUUGGUGUUACAACGCUGGACAUUGUCAGAGCAAAUACUUUUGUGGCUGAACUAAAGGGCUUAGAUCCAGCUCGAGUAAGUGUUCCAGUUAUUGGUGGCCAUGCUGGAAAGACUAUCAUCCCGCUGAUCUCCCAGUGCACGCCAAAAGUGGACUUCCCUCAGGAUCAGCUGGAAAAGCUUACAGGGAGAAUUCAGGAAGCUGGGACUGAAGUUGUCAAAGCUAAAGCAGGAGCAGGUUGGUUCUUGACUACAGCAUCCAGGUAAUCCUUGUUAGCCAGCUGAAUGGAUGCAGUCCUCUUCAGUUUAAUCUUAUC